AUGGCAGGCGGAAUUGAUGGAAACGAAGGAGACUCGACGAUUCCAAAGCCGAAAAGGAUUGCAUUGCGAAGAAAGUCUGGCCCGAAACGUGGCUAUGUGAAAGCAUUAGAGGAGCGAUUAAAACAAGUCGAGACUAUGCUCAAAUCGCAAAAACCUACAACUACAAGUCCGAGCCUAGGUACAGGCAGUGUCAGCGGGGUUGGGCUAGGGACCGUCCCGGCCCCAGAUCUUAAUGUUCCUAGUCCAUCCAUCGGAGUCGAUAGAGAGCCAUGGCGCUACAAUAGUGAUGCUCAACCGGCGUUGAACGACAUGGAAUUCCCGAAUACUAUGGGACUCGAUGAUAAUAGUUUCUGGGGGAUUACUGGGCUGGGUGGAAUUGAGGAGCCGUUGCCCCUCCAAGAGGCAGUGGACGAGUUGCAUCAAAUCUACUUCGAUAAUAUCCACCCCUCCCUUCCAAUGAUCCACAAGUACCGGUACUUUGCUGCAAUGAAUCUUACACCAAAUCUACGACCCCCAGUUUCAUUGCGGUACGCAAUGUGGACGCUUGCAGCUUCUAUUUCAGAAAAAUACAUGGAUUUCAAAGAUCACUUCUACCGGCGAGCUCGAAAAUAUAUGGAAGUAGAUGCACUGAAAGGUUUUGGCGAAAACAUCAUUUCUGUCUCACAUGCACAAUCACACAUUCUUCUAGCUUCUUAUGAAUUCAAAAUGAUGUAUUUCCCUCGAGCUUGGAUGAGUACUGGGGCUGCUAUCAGACUAUGUCAAAUGAUGGGUCUACAUAGACUCGACAAGCCCAGUUUAGAUGUCAAGCAGUGUAUCCCACCCCCCCGGGAUUGGACGGAGAGAGAGGAGAGGCGCAGAACUUUCUGGAGCGCCUUCUGCGAAGAUCGCUACGCUAGUAUUGGAACUGGCUGGCCUAUGAUGAUAGAUGAAAAGGACAUUGCAUCAGACCUACCAUCAUCAGAAGAAGCUUUUGACAUGAGCAAAUCAGAACGAACACAAACACUUACUGAAGCAAUGAGUCCGCAGGGCGCCUCCAAGCUAUCACCAUUCGCUGGGGUUGUCUUGAUGGCUUCACUUUUCGGCCGAAACCUCCUACAUCUACAUCGCUCCGAUGCUGAUGAUCGCGACAAUGAUUUAAAUGGGGAUUUUUGGAAGCGACACCGAAAUAUGGACAACAUCCUCUUAAAUACGUCCCUCUCUUUACCAUUUCACUUGAGAUUACCUCAUGGAAUGGCCAAUCCUAAUACUGUAUUUUUGAACAUGAACAUUCAUGCUUCCACCAUCUGUCUACACCAAGCUGCAAUAUUCAAGGCUGAAAAUAAUCGACUACCUGCUUCUGUCGCCGCUGAAAGCAAAGGCAGAGCCAUUACUGCUGCAAAUGAGAUUACAAGUAUCAUGCGCAUGAUCUCACAUAUGAAUUUGUCGACCAUGAACCCAUUCAUAUCCUUCUGCCUCUACGUGGCCGCUCGUGUCUUCGUUCAGUACCUCGCUAGCGUACCAAAAGAUUCUCAAAUUACCGAUUCCCUGAGAUUUCUCCUAUAUGCUAUGAAUGCCAUAAAAAAAAAGAAUCCUCUGACAGAGAGUUUUCUAGCACAAUUAGACGUCGACUUAGAAAGCAGGGGCAUGCGCAACAAUAAAAAGUUCGAAGAUGCUCCUUGGGAUGAGAACUUGAUGGGCUCCAAAGAGGGUGGAAUGCCUAAAAUGGGAUCAUCUCUCAAUGCCCUAAAUUUUCAACCCGGGUGUACUCUCAUGCGGCUUUCGGAAGAUAGGGGUGGGAACGCGUUUCAAAUGGGAGGUGAAAGUCCGACUAAUCCUCAAGUUCUCGCAGAUAUGGAACAAUCGGGUGGGAGAACAUCGCCCAGCUCCAGAACCAACUCAUUCCCACAGGAAUUCGACAUCGAACGUAAUAACUGGCGUCCGCUGAAGGAACAUCCACAAGCUCGAGACUUAGCACGGGGAGUACUUGUUAAUCAGAGCAGAGACUCAAACAGCAAUACCUACAGCACCGAAGGAACCAGUACCAGUGCCGGAACUGGUUUAUCUCCCAAUAUCGGCAACACCUCCAGCCACCCAACACCCAAUUCCACCACGCCAUCCGAUAGUCGCUUAGCAAAUCCACCCCAUGGUCAAAAUAGCACGAAUAACGGAUCCUAUCAAGCAAACGCAGCGCCGAAUACAAAUACAAAUCGUGAAUCUCAUCAUCUCAUGAUGGAUGAGUUUUUCUCAUCGAGAUCUGAUUAUAAUACUCGUCCAGCAGGUACGGCGAUGACGUCAAACGCAUUCAGUAUGCCGGAAACUCCCGGGAGAACAUAUACGACGCCGGGAUCUUGGGGGCGGCCCGCGAAUACGGGAUUGACGCCUUUGGGAGAAGGCGUUUUUGGUCAUUUGAUGGGGCUGGGUCACAUGGAUCCGAUGGAUAUUUGGGAAGGGAGUUCUUGA